AGGCUUUUAGGCCUGUCCCCCACUGGAGGCAGAACACAGAGGACUUUUGCAUUACCUGGGUUCAAGAACAAGACACGAGGUGACAACAUGAGGCCAUGGCUGAAAGUCCUGAUCCUUCAGGCCCUUAAGAGCUCCCGGGGAUUCUGCAGGUCUCAUGGGCAGCUAGUGCCUCUCUCUGUCCCUCAGAAGAUUGUGGCCACCUGGGAAGCCAUCAGUCUAGGGAGGCAGCCGGUGCCUGAGUACUUCAACUUUGCCCAUGACGUGCUGGACGUGUGGAGUCAGCUGGAAAAGGCUGGGCACCGGCCCCCAAAUCCUGCAUUCUGGUGGGUCAAUGACAUGGGAGCAGAGGUCAAGUGGAGCUUUGAGGAGCUGGGGAAGCAGUCCAGGAAGGCUGCCAACGUUCUGAGGGGUGCAUGCAGCCUGCAGCCUGGGGACAGAAUAAUGUUGGUGCUCCCACGACUCCCAGAGUGGUGGCUGGUCAGCGUGGCUUGUAUGCGGACAGGGGCCGUCAUGAUUCCAGGUAUCUCUCAGCUGACAGAGAAGGACCUCAAGUACCGGCUGCAGGUAUCCAGAGCCAAGUCCAUCAUCACCAGUGACUCCCUAGCUGUACGGGUGGACGCCAUUAGCGCCGACUGCCCCUCUCUCCAGACCAAGCUGCUGGUGUCAGACCACAGUCGGUCAGGCUGGUUGAACUUCAGGGAACUCCUCCGAGAGGCACCUGCAGAGCACAACUGUGUGAGGACCAAGAGUCGAGACCCACUGGCCAUCUACUUCACCAGCGGAACCACGGGGGCCCCCAAGAUGGUUGAACACUCUCAGUGCAGCUACGGACUGGGUUUUGUGGCCAGUGGAAGGCAGUGGAUGGCUUUGACCAAAUCAGACAUCUUCUGGAACACGACCGACACUGGCUGGGUGAAGGCAGCCUGGACCCUCUUCUCUGCUUGGCCUAACGGAUCUUGUAUUUUUGUGCAUGAGCUUCCUCGAGUUGAUGCCAAAGUUAUCCUGAAUACUCUCUCCACGUUCCCAAUAACCACUCUCUGCUGUGUUCCAACCAUCUUUCGGCUGCUUGUGCAGGAGGAUCUGACCAGGCACCAGUUUCAGAGCCUGCGGCACUGUUUGACUGGAGGGGAGGCCCUCAACCCUGAUGUGAGAGAGAAGUGGAAGCACCAGACAGGACUGGAGCUGCAUGAAGGCUAUGGUCAAUCAGAAACGGUGGUAAUCUGUGCCAAUCCAAAAGGUAUGGAAAUCAAAUCCGGAUCCAUGGGGAAAGCGUCCCCGCCUUACGACGUGCAGAUUGUGGAUGAUCGGGGCAGCAUCCUCCCUCCUGGAGAAGAGGGGAAUGUUGCUGUUCGCAUCAGACCUGCCCGGCCCUUCUGUUUCUUCAACUGCUAUUUGGACAAUCCUGAGAAGACAGCUGCAUCAGAACAAGGGGAUUUUUACAUCACAGGGGACCGAGCACACAUGGACAAGGAUGGCUACUUCUGGUUCAUGGGAAGAAAUGACGAUGUGAUCAAUUCUUCAAGCUACCGAAUUGGACCCGUUGAAGUGGAGAGCGCCCUGGCGGAACAUCCAGCUGUCCUUGAGUCUGCUGUGGUCAGCAGCCCGGACCCCAUCAGGGGAGAGGUGGUAAAGGCCUUUAUCGUUCUCUCUCCAACCUACUCCUCUCAUGACCCAGAGGCACUAACCCGGGAACUCCAGGAACACGUGAAGAGGGUGACUGCUCCGUACAAGUAUCCCAGGAAGGUGGCUUUUGUUUCAGAACUGCCAAAGACAGUUUCUGGAAAGAUCCAAAGGAGUAAAUUGCGAAGCCAAGAGUGGGAGAAAUGAAGUGCCACUGCAGGAAAGCCCCAUAGGCCUCUGAAGGUCCCUCGAGGAGCUGCUGGGGUUAUUCGUCAGCCUCCACGCAGAGCGCCAUCCCUUUAAUGCCACAGACACGAAAAGGUGCGCAACUUCCAAGUGAACAUCUCCAGAAUCAACGGAUGACCGUGGAAAGAGCAGAAAAACAUCACUGACCCAGAGCAUAUCUCCAUUGCCCAGCCUAGCAAAUGCUUGAUGGCUUGACUUCUGCUCUGUCUGGAGACAAGCUCAGCCGUCUGCCCUCUGGUCUGUGUUUCUAAAAGCUUUCAGCUGCUUCUCCUCGGGGCUCUGGUGGUCUCAUUCUGUGAUGUGAGUCAAAGUCUUCACCCUUUAGAUGAAACCUUUUGGUAAAAGUAUGCAGGACCAUAAAACUGGAAAUGUCCUUCAGCUCAGAAAUUCUAUCUUUGGGUGAUCACUGCAAAAUAAAGAAUUCGAAGUGCAGAAAAUGUUUGGUGUGUAAAGAUGUUCAUUGCAGCAUUGCUUAAAACACAGUAAAAGAAAAAACAGAAAAAA